UGAGAGACACCAGGAAACCCAGCGAGCGAGGCAUGGCACAUGUAUCCACCACUGUCCUCACUCACUCCUUUACCCGGCAGGGUGACUUACGCAGCGGAAAGAACACAGGCUGAAAGGACGCCCUGAACAUGGACUGCACCCUUUGCCCUGAUCCUGCUGAUGUUGCUCAAUGGAGGACUUGACAACCUACUAUCACCAUGUUCAACCAUGUUGGGAGACAACAGCCCCGCCCCUUUCAGUUCUCAGCCUAUAAAAACUGGCACUGUCUGGCAGGGCGACUGCCUUUAUGUUUUUAUAUCAUGUGCCAGCAGACUUGACCUCUUAAGCUCUCUGAGACAGAGGCUGGGCAAGAAGAAGCACAUGUGUGUAUGUGUAUAUGUAUGUAUGUGUGUAUAUGUGUGUGUGUGUUUGAGACACACACACAGAGAGGAAGGCUGCAGCAUUUUUAAUUAAUUUUUGUUUAAUGAAGUUGUUUAAACAUUGCGAGGACAUCCAUCUGAGCUACUGAGCUGAUCAUCUGGGAUACAGAAUAAGAGCAUCAGCAGUAAAAUUCUAUGGGAAGUUCAUCAGCAGAAGACAUGGAGGACGUAAAACCUCUACCCAUGGGCUCCUUGGAACGCAAGGCCCGAAAGAGAAAAGGAGCGCUGGAGACCCUGAAGAGCAAACUGCGAAAUCAGCUUUCCUGUUCAGUGCCAAAAGUGAAGCGCAUGCUAACAGGCUUCUUCCCUGUGGUGGUCUGGCUGCCAAAGUACAAGAUCAACGAAUAUGUGUGGGGUGAUCUGAUGUCAGGACUCAUAGUUGGGAUCAUCUUGGUGCCUCAAGCCAUUGCUUACUGCCUACUGGCAGGUUUGGAGCCUAUUUACGGUUUGUACACGUCCUUCUUCGGGAAUAUCAUCUACUUCAUCCUAGGCACGUCCAGGCAUGUGUCCGUGGGGAUCUUCAGUCUCAUGAGUUUGAUGGUUGGGCAGGUUGUGGACAGAGAGGUCUAUCUGGCUGGUUUUGAUUUGGGUGAUGAGAGUAAGCAGAGCUCCUUGGACGGCGGAUGGAACGCGAGUGAAGACUACAGCAACACUGCACUUAAUCUCACAAUAAAGGCCUUUAAUAUGGAGUGUGGAAAGGAAUGCUAUGCUAUUAGCAUUGCCACAGCGUUGACAUUCCUUGCUGGGAUUUACCAGGUCAUGAUGGCUGUAUUUCGACUGGGUUUUGUCUCCAUUUACCUCUCUGCUCCAAUGCUGGAUGGUUUUGCCACUGGUGCCUCAUGCACCAUCCUAACUGUUCAGGCUAAAUAUCUACUAGGCCUGAAGAUCCCUCGCCACCAGGGCUACGGUACGGUCGUGGUGACCUGGAUCAACAUUUUUAAGAACAUUCACAAGACCAACUUCUGUGAUAUGAUCACAAGUGCUAUUUGUAUUGCUGUGCUAGUGGCAGGGAAGGAGCUCCAGGACCGGUACAAGAAUCGCCUGAAGAUGCCGCUCCCCACAGAACUUGUAGUAGUAGGGUUAGCUACUGUAGUGUCCCAUUUCGCUGACCUCAAUGGACAGUACAGCUCUAGCAUCUCAGGUGCCAUCCCAACUGGUUUCAUUCCCCCACAGGUGCCCAAAUUUGAUCUGAUGCCCAGGAUAGCUCUUGAUGCCAUUCCUCUGGCUGUGAUCAGUUUCGCUUUCACUGUUUCCUUGUCAGAGAUGUUCGCUAAAAAGAAUGGAUACACAGUUAAACCCAACCAGGAGAUGCUGGCGAUUGGUUUCUGUAACAUCAUUCCGUCCUUCUUUCACUGCUUCACCACAAGUGCUGCUCUGGCCAAAACAAUGGUGAAAGACUCUACGGGUUGCCAGACCCAAGUUUCCAGUGUUGUGAGUGCCUUAGUUGUGCUCCUGGUCCUUUUAUUUUUAGCCCCGUUCUUCUACUCCCUGCAGAAGUGCGUCCUGGCCUGCAUCAUUAUCGUCAGCCUGAGAGGUGCCCUGCGUAAAUUCAGAGACGUUCCCACGCUUUGGCGUCUCAGCAAGAUUGAUGCAGCGGUCUGGAUUGUGACCAUGUUCUCAGCUGCCCUGAUUAGCGUGGAGAUUGGACUGGUGAUUGGAGUUGUCGUUUCCAUGAUAUGUGUGGUGGUUCAAACCCAAUUCCCCAAGGCUUCUCUGCUGGGCCAAAUCGAGAACACCAAUCACUACGAGGACAUGGACGACUAUAGCCACCUCGUGAGCGUUCCUAAAAUAAAAAUCUUCCGCUUUCAGGCCCCCCUUUACUAUGCCAACAAGGAAUUUUUCUUAAAGUCCUUAUACAAAGCAGUUGGACUCGAGCCAUUCCUUGAAAAGACCAGAAGGAAAAAGAUGGAGAAAAAAGCGAAAGAAAGGGCGGCGAAGAAGACAAUGGGGGACAAUGACAACGGUGAUGUGAGUAUAGGCCUAAUAGCUCCUGAGCUGGAUUUCCACACCAUAAUCCUGGACUGUUCCUCCAUGUCUUUCAUCGACACCACAGGAAUUACCACCUUUAAAGGACUGCUGAAAGACUACAAAGAAAUCGGUGUGAGCAUAAUUCUAGCUUGCUGCAACACAAAUGUCAUAGAUUCCCUUAGAAAAGGAUCUUUCUUCGGACCAGACGAUAAAGAAAUGUAUACUUUGUCAUUCCACACGAUUCAGAGUGCUGUUUCUUUUGCUACAGAUGCCACUGCAGCAUCAGUUAAUUCUUCAUCAGUUUAACCUGUAAAAUUUUAUUAACCUGAUUUACAGGAUGGCUAUUAAAAUCCACAAAUCUGGAGCAGUUGUUGAAUACGCACCAUGUGGCCUCAGUUGCUCGGUCCUGCCGCUUUGCGCUCUAUAACAUCCGAAAAAUUAGACCGUUCUUGACGCAACAGGCCACCCAACUCCUGGUGCAAGCGGUCGUCAUCUCACGCCUCGACUACUGCAAUGCCCUGCUAACUGGCCUCCCGGCCUGUGUAGUAAAACCACUCCAAAUGAUCCAGAAUGCAGCAGCACGUCUGGUCUUCAACCAGCCAAAACCAAUGGGCACAUGUCACCCCACUGCUCAUUGAGCUCCAUUGGCUACCAGUUGGUGCUCGCAUCAAAUUCAAAACUCUUACAAUCGCCUACAAGGUGAUGACAGAACAGCUCCUUCCUACCUGCACUGAUCACUCCUGAAGGCUUACGCUACCUCCCGGCCGCUGCGCUCCUCCAAUGAACGUCGCCUCGCUUUGCCAAACAUUCACACAAAGCAAUCCAGACUGUUCUCAUACAGAGUUCCCCAAUGGUGAAACAAACUACCUUCCACUACCAGAUCAGGAGAAUCUCUCGCUAUCUUUAAGAAACUCCUGAAGACACAACUCUUCAAAGAGCACUUACUCUCUUAACACCUCUAACACACUAACUACUUCUAACCUCAUUUCCUUCUUCCCCUCCUUCACUCCUCUAUCCUAUUAUUCCCCUUUGACCUCCUUUUAUCCCUAUCCAAAGUUGUUUUUACCUUUAAACUUAUUUUACAUUGUACUUGACUAUUGUAAGUCGCUUUGGACAAAAGCGUCUGCCAAAUGUAAUGUAAUGUAAUGUAAUGUAAUGUAAUGUAAUGUAAUAUAGGCCAAAUCCCACUUCUCAAUUCAAUUGUACUACCCCUGCUGCCACUGCCACUACCACUACCUAGGACUUUUAUGACUUUUGUGACUUCUAGUUACAUUGAGGGCAUUGUAUUUUUGCAAAAAGGGAGGUUGGGGAUUGAUGCGACAAUUAUUUAUUAUCAUCCAUAUCAAUUCUAUCCCUAAUUCCUCAGUAAUAAGGAGCUCAGUUUUUCAGUCUUUUCCAGCUUAUUUUUUGGAUUGUCCCAUUCCACCUUAAAUACAGCCUCAGUAACUGAUGUUGCAUUAUUUAAGGAGCUACUGGAAAUUCAUUUUAGUAUGUAUAAUUUUUUUUAUUAAGAUAAUAUUACCUCAAUCAGGGUGCACUGAUCAUUGCUGAAAAAUAAGCAGAUUAAUCCAAUUAAGCUGGACUUUUUUUACACUCAUAUCAGUGUUUUUAAGCAAUAAUAAUAUUAAUACACAAUAUGCUUAAAAAGAGCAUAUAAUCAAUAUGAAAAGAACAUUUUAUUAUGAUUUGAUAAAAUAUCAUAUUCAUAUUGCCCACUCUAUAUACAGGUGGAAGUUAUAUUUAUAGGGCAUCCCAAGCUGCAUUGUAAAUUUCUUUCCACCUUAAACGCAGAAGCAUCAUUAACUGCUGUUUCACCAUUUAAGGUGGAAUUGGAAAGUCAGAGAGUGAUUUUUAUGCCUGUUAUAAAGAAAAAGGCCAUAAUACAUUGAAACUACAAGGAAAUGCAAUGGUUAUCGUAAUUAUUAACAAAGAAAAUACUAUAUUUGUUUUUUUGCCACGUAAGCAGCCAUCCUGCCCAUCUAUAUUCCCAAAGAGUUUUCACUUAUUGUUAAAACUACACUGAAAAUAUCAACAUUAUGAAUGAACAUAUGGAAUUAUGUAGAAAAACAAAAUUACUGUUAAACAAACCAGAGUAUAUUUUAUUUUUUAGAUUCUUCACAGUGUUUAUUUGGCUUUCAUAUUCAAAUGAUCUAAGCUGGAAACUCGACUUUUAGGCCAAUGCUAACACUAAAGCAACCUGUCAUUAAAGCAAAAGCUGCUGCUUUGAGGAAUUGAAAGCAUAAACAAUAUUCUGGUUUGUUUAACACUUCAAUUUAUUACUUACAAUAAAUCAUCUUCAAAAAAGUUGCAAUAAAAAUUGGAUUCAUAAACGAAUUAGAAAUCAUUGCACUUUUUAGAGUAGAUUUUGGUAUAA